AUCCAUUUCUUCUCUUAACUUUCAGAAAACGAAAAAAGUUCUAUUUUUCAGGUGAGUGCAAGUCGAGGUCUGCCAAAAAUUCUAAAAAGAAACUUGAAUCCUGCUUAUUCUGAAAAAAACACGAAAAAUCACCGCACCGCUGACUUGAACACGAACUCGAACGAGAGCUGUUGAGAAAAUCCAUCCUGUUUUAUUUUUUGAGAUUAACUAAAGAAAUUAUACAAAAUCAAAGAUGUCCAUAAGUCCAGUGGUUUUAGAAGCUACCGCUAAGCAUACCUCUACCUUGAUAUUCAUGCAUGGCCUUGGUGACACAGGUCAUGGCUGGAUAUCAGCACUGGGCAUGGUCCGACCACCCCACAUGAAAGUAGUGUGCCCAACAGCACCCACAAUGCCCGUCACACUCAAUGCCGGUUUCCAGAUGCCUUCUUGGUUCGACCUGAAGACCCUUGAUGUCUCCGGGCCCGAGGAUGACGAAGGUAUUAGGAGAGCUUCACAAAAUGUCCACACCAUGAUUCAGUCGGAAUUAUCGGCUGGAAUUCCUGCAAAUCGUAUCGUUGUCGGUGGAUUCUCACAGGGUGGAGCUUUGGCACUCUACGCAGCUCUCACAUUCCCUCAACGUUUGGGUGGUGUUAUUGCACUUUCAUGUUGGCUGCCAUUGCAUAAGCAAUUCCCAGGAAUUAAAACAUCUCCCGAUGAUGUCCCCAUUUUCCAAGCUCAUGGAGACUUUGAUCCUGUGGUGCCAUAUAAAUUUGGGCAACUCAGUGCCAGUUUGUUGAAGUCAUUUAUGAAGAAUGUUACAUUUAAGACAUACGGUGGUCUUUCACACUCCUCGUCCGACGAAGAAAUGAAUGAGAUUAAAACGAUUCUCGCCAAUUGGGUGAAUUAAUUCGGUUGAAUUUAAAAUCAAACAACAACAAAAAUUAAAAAAACAACAUCUAAACCAGUCAGUCCUCUUAAAAAAAUGAAAAUUAGUUGUAAUCGUAGUUUAAAAUUUAAACUUUAAAAGAAAAACAAAAACUGCAAAACUAUAACAACAGCAAAAUAGUUUAAAUAUUUUAAAUUUAAAAAUAAAAAUCACUUCUCUUUACAUAGAAUUGUUUAUAUGAAUAAAUUUUAGAUUAUUAUUAUGUAAUUAUGUUUCAAGAACGAUGAACGAACGCGACGGAGAAGGAGAAGAAGGCAGCAGCAGAGAAGCUGAUUAAACAAACAAGCUGUGUAUAUUUAUCUUCUUUUUUUUUUAAAUUAAAACUUAUUUUUUAAUUUAUUUCUUUUUUGUUUCCAUUAUUCUAAUAAUUGGUUUAUUUUUUAAACAUAAAACAAAAAGCUUUUAUUGUUAACGUGUUCCUUCGAAGUUUAUUUUUGUUUGUUUGUAUCUUAUUUUGUUUUCCAAUACUCUCAAAGAGUGAUAGCAAGGAGGAUAGAAAAUUUACGAAGUUUUAAAUAGAGCAUCUUCUGAAAUAGGUAUUAUUUUUCUAAAAUGGGCAAUAUGUUCCCAAAACAACAAACAAACAAAAACAAUAAAAUUGUAACAUUCUUGUAUUAAUAAAACAAAAGAAAUAUCUUUGGAACUAUGUAAUGAAAUUUAACAAAUAUAAAAAUUCAAGAAAAACUACUAAAA